GAAACAAUCGUCUAAACAAAAUGUAAGCGGAGAUGGACUGAAGAUCUGAUUUGUUCUCUCUUUUCGGACCUCCAUUUUCUUCUACAAGUUUUCCCAAUACAGACAUUCGACUACCUGAUUUUGCAGCUAUUCAGAAAAUAUACCUGAAACCUUCAAUUACCAAGAUUGUAAAUUGAAUUCAUUCAGAUCAAGAAAGAAAAGGAUUCAAUAUAAAUGGCAGCUAUUUACAGCCUUUACAUCAUCAACAAAUCAGGAGGGCUUAUCUUCUGCAAGGAUUAUGGUUCUGCUGGAAAAAUGGACACAAAUGAUAGUUUGAGACUGGCUAGUCUCUGGCAUUCUAUGCAUGCUAUCUCUCAGCAGUUGUCCCCAGUUAAUGGUUGUGCCGGUAUUGAACUCCUGCAAGCUGAUACGUUUGAUCUCCAUUGCUUCCAAUCUCUUACCGGAACAAAAUUCUUUGUGGUCUGUGAACCUGGAAUGCUGCAUAUGGAGUCCCUCUUGAAGUAUAUCUACGAAUUAUACACUGAUUACGUCUUGAAGAACCCUUUCUACGAAAUGGAAAUGCCAAUUCGGUGUGAGCUCUUUGACAUAAAUUUAUCACAGGCAGUUCAGAAAGAUCGUGUCGCCUUAUUGGGGAGAUGAGCUUCUCAUGUUCAUAUGCCAUAAGUUGGUUGGUUGAUCUAUAAUUUGGUUAGUUUGCUGACAGGUUCAGUACUUGUAUGACAUCUGGAAUUUGAUUUUUCUUUGUUGUUUUGUUGUUUCGGGAUAAUGGCUUGUAAGAUAAAAUUUUGAGAACCCAAAAAGCAUUUUUUGUGCACGAUCACCAACUUGUCAUGGCUGAUUUUAAUGUUUGUUGAGUUGCACACU